AUAGAUGCAGUUUUAUAGUGGUUCGUACAAUCAAUUUUGAUAGAUCAUGGAAGAAGCACCGUAUAAAUUAAGUUCCGUGUUAGUUGGUCACAGUUCUGAUGUGCGAGCUGUAGCGGCAUUUAAGGAUGGAAGUCUGGUGUCAGUCUCGCGCGAUAAAACCGCUCGCCUUUGGAGGCCGAAUGAAUUAAAUGCCGGAUACACGGAAUCCGCAGUGCUAAGGGGUCACAGCAACUUUGUGAGUUCAGUAUGCGUAAUAAAUCCCUCUGAACAAUUCCCGGAUGGCUUUGUAAUUACUGGGAGCAACGACAACAAUAUCUGCAUUUACCUGCCUGGGGAAGAGAAUCCGCUGCACACUAUAAAGGCGCACCAAAACACUGUGUGCAAUUUGACUGCAGGUAAGGAGGAGGGAACAUUCCUAUCCAGUUCGUGGGAUCUUACAGCAAAAUUAUGGCAUAUCAACAAGCUGGAUUCACCACAACUGACUCUGACCAGUCACACGGCAGCUGUCUGGUGUGUGGCAGAUUUGGCCAAUGGCGUCAUAGUCUCAGGAUCGGCUGACAAGCUGGUUAUAGCCUGGCGGAGAAAUGGCACCAUACUCCACAAGUUCUCAGGACACACAGAUUGCGUUCGUGGAAUAUGCGUGAUCAAGGACGAAGAGUUUUUGAGCUGUGCCAAUGACGCAACCAUUCGACAUUGGAGUGUAUCCCUAGGGACUUGCCUCGGCACUUACUGUGGGCACACGAACUACGUGUAUGGAAUAGCAUCGACGUUUCUGCUGGGCGGUUCACAUGUUGUUACUUCCGGAGAAGAUAGGACUGUUAGGAUUUGGCACAACGCUGAAAUCCAACAGACUUUAACACUCCCUGCGCAGUCCAUAUGGUCAGUUGACAUUUUGCCAAAUGGAGACAUUGUCACUGGAUCUUCCGAUGGAUUAGUUAGAAUUUUCUCUGCUAAACCUGAACGUUAUGCCGAUGCUGCAACUUUGCAACAGUACGACGAGGCCGUCGCUAAUACCCAGCUUAAUGCUGAGCAGGAGUUGGGUGGCAUCAAGAUUAGUGAUCUGCCAGAUGCCAAAGCUCUACAUCAACCUGGACAAAGAGAUGGUCAGACAAAAAUGAUAAGAGAUGGAAAUACCGUCAAGGCUUACAGCUGGUCGCAAUCAAGCAAACAGUGGCAACAUGUGGGAGAUGUGAUGGGUGCCUCUGGUGGUAGUCCAGCCACAUCUGGUAAACAAUUGUAUAAUGGUAUGGAGUACGACUACGUUUUCUCAGUCGACAUUCAAGACGGUGUUCCACCUCUAAAGUUGCCUUACAAUAAUGGCGAUGAUCCUUGGUGUGCGGCCCAAAAGUUUAUUCAUGAUAAUAACCUUAGUCAACUAUUUCUUGAACAGGUGGCAAACUUCAUUGUAAAUAAUUCUCAGUCUGCCCCAGUUCUGAACGCCGAACCCCAGUUCGCUGAUCCUUUUACAGGAGGAAAUAGGUACAUACCAGGAUCUGGAAUUCCUGGAAGAACAUUACCAAAUAAUGUGCCAACACCGUCGGCUAGCUCUUCCAGUAGUUCUGUGUCGCAGACAUACAUACCGCAUACUACCUAUUUGAAAUUGGAGCAAGCCAAUGUUCCAGCUAUCACUGAAAAAUUACUAGAGUUCAACAAAAAGAUUGACAGUGGCAUUCACACAGUUUCGGAGGAAUGCUUAGACCCAUUUGUAAAACGAUUGUGCAGUCAAAACGGAGACGAGGUUGGAGCUGAUCCAAUUGAAAUGUUGAAAAUAUUUUUGAAUUGGCCAAAUAACUUGGUGUUCCCAGCAUUGGACCUUGCAAGGCUGGCUGUACUUCGACCAGAUGUUAACUCGCAGCUAUGCAAUGACGGAUUGUUGGCCGUGCUGAGGCGGCACAUCAAAACUGACGCACUUCCAGCUAAUCAAAUGCUAGCUUUUCGAGUACUAGCUAAUAUGUUCUGCCAUAGUAAGGGUGAAGCAUUGGGUCUACAUUAUAAAGACGAGUUACUCAAGACGAUACUCGACCUUUCGUCUCUUGGAAGUAAACAUAACCAGAUUGCGAUAGCGAGUUACCUGCUUAAUCUAAUAGUGGCAUUGAAUAAACUUGACGAUACACCUGGCAGAACAAGGGUACUUAAUGUGAUGUUUGCCGUUUUGCCGCUCUUGACUGAGCCCGAAGCAAUAUUCAGAGGGCUCGUUGGGUUGGGUACAAUUUUGGCAGCAACACCAGACCCCGAGGAUCGUGAUAAAUUAAUUACAGCUGUGCGACAGUGCGAAAGUGCACUGGCUGUUAUCAAGACAAUGUCCGAAUGUUCGACCAAUAGCCCUGCACAAAAUAAACUUUCUAAUUGUUCCAAGCAAAUUAUUGAUCUAAUUAUGUAAAGAAUUCUUACUGUCAAACUUUCGUAUUUUUAAUACUGAAGGAGAAAAUAUUCGUUCGUCAAUUCGGAUUUCUCAAAAUAAUUAAACUCACGAUUUCUUCGUAAUUGGUUAUGAGAGACCUAGUUACUCGAAUAGUCUACAUAAAAUUUUUAGGCAACAAAUUCAUAGCUUCUCGAAAUGAUUUGGCUCCAAUUCGUGGAAUUGGGACGGUUUCUUGUUCACGCGAGACCUGCAUGAAUUAUGUAAUGUUCAUUUAUCAUGAUAUUUUUGCAUUAUUUACUGAAUUGCUGUGUGAAUAUUGAUUAAUUACAUCCAUUAUAUGUACAGUGUGUAGUAGAAUGUGCUACGUGUUACCCAUUAAAAUUAGCAUCAUUUGGAAUAAAAGCAGUGUUCAAAUUUAUCGAGAGCACUUUUAAAUGAAA